AUGGAGGACGAGGCAGCGGAGGCACUGGCCGGAAGAGGACCCCCGGUGGCUGGAAGGGGCGGAUCCGGUGGUGGUCUCGAAGAUGCGGUCGGCGGUGUGAGUGGCGGCACUCCAUCCCUGUUCGUGUGGCAUGGAGGCCUGCCAACGGGUCCCUUGGGCACGCUGCUGGUCGCCGGCGGAGUGGCCUCAGGCAUGGGCGCGGGUGCAUGGCUCGGCAUCCCCGGCGCGGCUGGAGCCGCAACCACCGGGGGUGCGGACGGCGCGACCCAGACCGGCCACGUUGCUGGGUCGUGGGUUAGCGCCCCAGCAACGGUGGGCCUGGCCACCGGCGCCUGGCCCGGAGGAUGGUUGGAGUGGUGGGUCGGAGCAGCGGCGGUGGCUCUAGGGCUGGAUUGGAACCGUGCCGGCGUUAGUGGAGUGUCGACGCCGACCACCUAUGUGACGGCUUCACAGGAGGUUGGAGGCGACGAACAGGGUGAUGAAUGGCUGCCGGUUUGGGCCAACUUUGGUUCGGAUCAGGGCUCCUCAGCUCGCCGGCAAGGUGGCCGUGCACCUAGGCCGCCACCGGUGGCUGGGACAGCUCCUGCUCCUGCAUCUGUGGAUGUCGACCUCACCAAUCCAAGGCAGUGA